CUGGGGCUGGCUGCUCGGCAACCACUAACAUCACACAGCGGACACGGCAGCACAUACUAAUACUAGCUCUUUGGGUGCUCAUAAUCCGUUAAGUUGUCACCGCUAGUACUGACAGCCAUGCCGUGGUGAGCGCUCACCAUGAACAAGUACGCCAGAGUAAGAAAGAUCGGGGAAGGCUCAUUUGGCAUAGCCAUACUGGUGAAAGCCAAAGAAGAUGGCAAGCAGUAUGUCAUUAAAGAAAUCGGCAUCUCCAAGAUGUCCAACAAAGAGAGGGAGGAAUCCAGGAGAGAAGUUGCUGUUUUGGCCAACAUGAAACAUCCAAAUAUUGUCCAGUACAGGGAAUCAUUUGAAGAAAGUGGCUGCCUUUACAUUGUGAUGGAUUAUUGCGAAGGAGGAGAUCUGUUUAAAAAAAUCAAUUCACAGAAGGGGGUUUUAUUCCCAGAAGAUCAGAUCCUGGACUGGUUUGUUCAGCUUUGUUUGGCUCUAAAGCAUGUGCAUGACAGAAAGAUUCUACAUCGGGACAUAAAGUCUCAGAACAUAUUUUUGACAAAAGGUGGAACAAUCCAGCUGGGUGAUUUUGGAAUAGCCCGGGUUUUAAACAGUACAGUGGAACUGGCUCGUACUUGCAUUGGCACGCCCUACUACCUCUCGCCAGAGAUCUGCGAAAACAGACCCUAUAACAACAAGAGUGACAUUUGGGCCUUGGGCUGUGUUCUUUAUGAAAUGUGCACCCUCAAACAUGCGUUUGAAGCUGGUAACAUGAAAAAUCUGGUUCUAAAGAUAAUCCGAGGGUCGUAUCCUCCUGUACCUGUGGAAUACUCCUAUGACCUUCGAAAUCUGCUUUCCCUGCUUUUUAAGAGGAAUCCUAAGGAUCGUCCUUCCAUCAACUCCAUAUUGGAGAAGCCUUUUAUAUUUAAACGCAUUGAGAAAUUUCUGCCCCCACGGAUUAUUGCUGAGGAGUUUGGAAUGGCAGCAGCUUUACUCAAUCAGCCUAAAGUAGGAAUUCAUGCUGCAGCAGCUAAAAGACCAGCUCCAGCACAAGCAACACCUUCUGCCUCCCCUCCCUCUCAUAAAAUCACCAAACCUGCUGCUAAAUAUGGAGUGCCUUUAACUUUCAAAAAGUCAGGAGAUGCUGCUAAAAAGCACUACGACAAGAAGCCACAGAUCAGACACAGACAGGCCCCAGCAGUUCUUUUGAAGAAAGGGAUUCCUGAAGAAAGGAGGAAAAUGUUUGAGGACAUCGGUAAGAAAAAAAGAGUUGAUAUUCGACUACUUGAGAAGGAGAAAAGACAGCGGGAGCAGAUUAAUUUACUAAAUGCUGAGCAGAUGAAACGAAUGGAAAAAGAGAAGUUGGAGAGAAUAAACCGUGCCAGAGAGCAAGGCUGGAAGCAUGUGAUUGGUUCAGGAGGUAGCGGAGAAAUAAAGGCUGCUUUUUAUGGAGGAGGUGGAGGAGUGGCCCCUGUUCAACCUGCAGCUCGGGCUCCCUAUGAGCACUACCAUAAAAUAAUUGAUCACAUGCAGCAGCAGAAAGAAUACAUCAAGGCAGCAGAGGAAAGAGAAGUCAAGCAUAAGGCAGAGAUGCAGAACUGCAAUCCCAUACCCAGAGCUGUCGUUCAUCAGGACGCUCCUAAUGGUCCUUCAGUUUUUUCUAAGUUCCCAGACAGUGAUGCAGUGCGGAAGGAGCUGCAACGUUUGGAGGAGGUAUCCAAACAAGCCAUGGGAAAUAGGCAUCGAGGGUUUGUUGCAGCAGAACAGGCACGGCAGGUGGAAGAGUUCUGGCAGAGGAAGCAGGAAGCUAUGCUAAACAAGGCUCGAGCUCAGGGACACAUGGAUGCACUGCACAACCUGGCAGCAAUCUAUGGAGGCAGGCCUAAUUCUACUGGAGGAGGCAAGUCCCGAAACAAAGAAGAACAGGAGUAUUUAGCGAGACUCCGCCAAAUCAGGCUACAUAACUUCAAUGAACGACAGCAAAUUAGGGCCAAACUGCGAGGGGAAAAGGGAGAUGGUGAGCCAAUCAGGGAUAUCAAUGUAGAAGCUGAAUUAAGACGAAAGAAAAUUGAAGCUUUAAAGGCCCAAGCAAAUGCGCAGGCAGCUGUAAUUAAAGAAGAACUUGAGAGAAAAAGGAGGGAAGCAGAUGAAAGGGAAAAGAGAGCCUGGGAAGAGCAUCUUGCAGCCCGUGGGUUCAAGAAUCCCAAUGUGCCUUUUAAUGCUGCUGGAGCAGCACCUAGUUCUCCAAGCCAUGCAAAUUUGGAAGUUGGUGGCUCCCCGGUUAGAGGGCAUUCUCACAUGAAAGCAUCACCAGCAAUCUCUAUGACCUCUGCACUGAGAAGAGUGGGAGCUGAAGAAGAAUUGACAGAAAUCAGGGACAAUGCUGAAGAUGCCAAAAAAGUAGAAAACUAUGUCCAGAAUGAAAAACGACAAAUACUCCGUAGAUUAAACCAGAACCUCAAAGCUCAUGAGAAUGUUGAUGCAAUAAAUCAAGAUGUAAAUCAAGAGGCUGAUACAGUUGAUGGUGAAUUGCAACAACAAGAAAGCACAGACCUUCCGGUAGGUGACCGUAAGAAAUGGCACAUGGGUCCUCCUACAGUCCUUCCUCUUGCACAGCUCACCCUUGUAGAAGACACAGUUUUACCAGCAGAGAAUAUUACAGUAGGGGACGACAUAAUGCUACAUCCAGAUGAACCACAGAGAAGGCUUUGGGGCAAGGAACCUGGUGACUCUGUGCUUAGGGUUUUGGGUGAGGCCCAACUCCAGCUGCAGACUGAACUACUGCAGGCAACAAAUGCACUUUGCAGUGAAAAGAAUAAGGAAGGGGAGCAAGAACGCCUACCAGACCACAUAGCGGCUGAGGAGCCCCCUCAGGACACAAUCUGUAUAGAUCCUCCCAAUGAUCAGAAGGUGCCGGAAGUAGGGGAACCAAAUGAAGAGCAGGAGCAUGUGACAUUGCCCAGUCUUAGUCAAGCUGAGGACCAGCCAUAUGAGGAUCCUGAAGAUUUGGAAACAGAAAUACUUGAAGAACCUGAAGCAAAUGUAAAAGAUAUUGGUAAAGAUUGUCCUGUCAAAGUUACAAAUGUUUGGAAUGAGAAAACAGAAGAAGAAAGCAGGGGACUAGAGGCAGAUACAUGCAACCAAGAUUUGUCUGUUCAGGAUGAUAAAGUAGAUGAAGAAAGCACAGAGCAUGAAAAUGAAGCAGAAAAAGUUAUUGGCAAUGAUUCUGCACCCAAAGCUCUGUUUGAAAAGAUUAUCCAUGAAUUGGUCACCCCUAAUAUCUCUGCUCAGUCUUCAUUUGAUGAUUAUAUUCCACCUCAUUCUGCUUCACCAACCAAAACCAAAGGAAAAGCAUCACUCCUGAUUGGGCUCUCUACUGGUCUAUUUGAUGCAAACAAUCCAAAGGCAAAUAAUGGAAGCGAUGAUUUGGCUAGUGAAUGUGAUGAUGGUGACAGCGUCUUUUGCCACCUGGAGGAAUUGCGGUUCAAAUUAGAACAAGAGAUUGGUUUUGAUAAGUUUAUUGAGGUUUACAACAAAAUAAAGGCAAUACAUGAAGAUGAAGAUGAGAACAUUGAUACCUGCUCCACAGUUGUUGAGACAAUUCUAGGCAGUGAUCACCAGCAUGUGUAUCCCAGGGUCCUUCGCUUGGUUAUGGCGGAUGGAGCCUAUCAGGAAGAUUAUGCACAUUUCGUGAAAGGAAAAUACCCAGAUACUUGA